GGGUAUCCCGGCCAAGGCAACUUGGGCAAACCCUGGGGGCGGCACCCGCCACACACUCUGGUCAACCUCCCCUUUAAAAAAAACCCGCCCGCGGAGGAGGCGGAUGUAGGGGCGGCCUGUCCAAUGGCAGCUGCGCGCUUCGGGAGACUUGGAGACUUGAGCCAGAGUGAGCGACAGAACCGGUUCGCACCGACAGACAGACAGAGGACCAGACAGCCGCUAAGACGCGCUCACUGACUCCCGCAGGGCCCCCGCCCCGAACUCCAGCCCCAGCGCCCGCUACUGCCCCAGAUACAGCACGAUGCGCGGUCCUGGCAGCAAGACACGGGCGAGCACUGUCCCCCGGCCCCCGAGCCCUGGCCCCUAGCGCCUAGCGCUGCUGCCCUACAUCAGGGAGGGCCGCGGAGACCCCAGCCUCAGUUGGCCCAGAAGCCCUGCGGGUGGGGCCUGCCCAGCCCAGCCAGGCGCGCCAGCCCACCAUGCUCCUCCUGUCGCCUCGCAGCGCUCUGGUCUCCGUCUAUUGCCCGCAGAUCUUUCUCCUUCUGUCCAGCGGCAGCUACCUAGCAUUGUCAUCCGUGGUGGCCCUGGGAGCCAACAUCAUUUGCAACAAGAUUCCUGGCCUGGCCCCACGGCAGCGUGCCAUCUGCCAGAGCCGACCCGAUGCCAUCAUCGUGAUCGGGGAGGGGGCGCAGAUGGGCAUCGAUGAGUGCCAGCACCAGUUCCGAUUCGGCCGCUGGAACUGCUCCGCCCUGGGCGAGAAGACCGUCUUCGGGCAAGAGCUCCGAGUAGGGAGCCGAGAGGCUGCCUUCACAUACGCCAUCACCGCAGCGGGAGUGGCACAUGCCGUCACGGCUGCCUGCAGCCAGGGCAAUCUGAGCAACUGUGGCUGUGACCGUGAGAAGCAAGGCUACUACAACCAGGCGGAAGGCUGGAAGUGGGGGGGUUGUUCGGCUGAUGUCCGCUACGGCAUUGACUUUUCCCGGCGCUUCGUGGAUGCUCGUGAGAUCAAAAAGAAUGCCAGGCGCCUCAUGAAUCUUCACAACAAUGAGGCAGGCAGAAAGGUUCUGGAGGACCGCAUGAAGCUGGAAUGUAAGUGUCACGGUGUGUCAGGCUCGUGUACCACCAAAACCUGCUGGACCACCCUGCCCAAGUUCCGCGAGGUGGGCCACCUGCUCAAGGAGAAGUACAACGCAGCCGUGCAGGUGGAGGUGGUGCGAGCCAGCCGCCUGCGCCAGCCCACCUUCCUGCGCAUCAAGCAGCUGCGCAGCUACCAGAAGCCUAUGGAGACGGACCUGGUGUACAUUGAGAAGUCGCCCAACUACUGCGAGGAGGACGCGGCCACCGGCAGCGUGGGCACGCAAGGCCGCCUGUGCAACCGCACCUCGCCGGGUGCGGACGGCUGUGACACCAUGUGCUGCGGCCGCGGCUACAACACGCACCAGUACACCAAGGUGUGGCAGUGCAACUGCAAAUUCCACUGGUGUUGCUUCGUCAAAUGCAACACGUGCAGCGAGCGCACCGAGGUCUUCACCUGCAAGUGAGGCUCCGCGCAGGCGCGCUCGGCGCCUACCUAUGCUGCGGCCCUCGCCAUUUUGCACAUCCUUCUUUGCUUCCGGAGCUGCCAGCUGCAGGCACAGGAGGGUGGAGAUGGGGUUGGGGAGCUCGAGAUACACCAGGCUCCUUCCUACCUGGUCUCUCCCCGCCCACCAUCCAAGGUCAACGCAAUGGUGGUCUGGUACCCAAUGGAGACAAACCCCUUUACUUCUCUUCAAGAAAGUGAACCUCAAAGCAACCACGAGACUCUGAGGGUCACCUCCCUGCCUGGUGGCUGGACACAGAAAGGUCACACCCACCAGUCACACUCAAAACUUUCCUGGGCUGUUUCUUGCCGGCCCUGGGCAGUGUGGAUGGAUGUUGACAAAAUUAUUUAUGUUUUCUUAGCAUCAGAUGAGGACUCAGUACUAACGACUGGGUAGCCAGACCUAACCCUAUUUGAUGAAGCCCCACCACCAUCUCCUUUCCCUCCCUUCUCCUGGCCCCUCCCUGGAGGGUCCUCUGCUCCUUACAGAACUCGGGGAUGUCAGAGUUGGCAUGGAGGCCAGCUGGUGGGGGGACUCCUCAUCAGUACCCUGGGAGGGACUUGGUGCCCUACAAGGCCUGAAAUGGCCGCAGAGGACAGCCCAUCUUCCAUUCCACUUGGAGACUGUCAUGCAAAUCAAAUGUGGCUUGUGUCAGGUUCCAGGCAUGCCUCUUCCUCGCCCUGGUCCUUUACCCUCCCAGCCCGCUGCCAACCUCCACCUCCAGUUUACAAAUUCCCUUCUAUUCUGGAGCCAACCUGACACCCAGGACUGCCCCCCAGGUUCAGGAGAGGUCAGGGACAGUUGCCCCACAUGACAGAUGGCCAGAGGGCAAUCUGAAGACUUACUAGAGACCCCCAAGGCUCUGUGAAGUAUACCACCACAGCCCCACCCAGCCCAACUCUGGAAGUAGCCAGGGUAAUGGGAGGCUGAACCUUGUUUUCAGUACCUUGGAGUUUGUCCUUUUCCUCUGACCCUGAUGCCAGAGCAUUGACAUCCAGAAUUUAGGGCUGUAUCUAGAUGCCAGUGCCCCUGCCUAGUGUCCACUGACACCUGCUUGAGGGUCCUCAUAUUAUGAGGACAUGGGGGUCCUCAAGCAGGGGGUCUGUGGGAGACUUAAUGUCCCAUUUCCUCAGGCCCUUUCAGAUGGGGACAUAAAAGCUCAGGCCUGGGCAUCUCUCCACCCUCUCCUCCACAAUACAUGGCAGGGGUAAGAGACAGACAGGGCUGAUAAUACAACUGCCCACAGCCUACCCCACACUAAGGUGUUUCAUAGCAGAAGUCCAUGGGAGUGUGGGGUUUGGUGGCCACCAAGCCAGGUGGCCUGGACAUUGACUUGGGGAAAGUGACCCUUGUUUGCCCUUGCCUUGCAUCCAGCUGUGUGUCCCUAUCAUGUCAGGAUGUUCCAAGCCUCUGGGCCACUGGAAAUGUCCCACCCUGAUCCUGGCCCCACCCCUCACCUUAAAUCCUGGACACCCAUGUCUAUAGCCCAGUGUCCCCUGUGAGGAGCCUGGUUAACUUAUAUUGUUAUAUAGCGUCCCCUGUCUGUCAUGUCUCUUAAGUUAUUGUGACCUACACUGGGUACCGGAGGGGAUGGGGGAUGGCUUCAGCUGGCUGUCCCCCAAGCCAGGCUCCUCCUUCUGCUUGAAACAGACCCUCGGGGGCCCCUGAUGCCACCGAGGCAAUUCGCACUGUCCCUGGGCUGCCAGGCACCUGCGCCUGCACUCGGUCAGCCGCAGACCUUGCCUUGGGGGAGAGAGGUGGUUAGUGGACCCAGGCAGGGCACUGGCUGUCCCAAUGCUGUGUGCUGGGGUGGAGGUGGCCGGGCACCACAUGUCCUUGAAGUGCCCUACUUCUGAUGGGCUGUGUUCCUGCCUCCUCUGGAGGGGAGCACUUUGCCCCAAUAAAAGCCAGAAUCAGAAAAGCAA